AUGACCGUCUCCCAGACCACCCCGGCAGUCGCAGCGCCAGCAGCAGCUACUGUUGCGAACCCAGUGUACCAGGUGAACGCGCUUGUCUGGAGGUCUCCUGUUGCGGCAACCGUGACCCCGGCUACAGCCCUGUUUCUGCUUCGCUGCCUGCCGGGCACUCGUCGGAAGAGGGAGCACAACGCACAAAUGUCGCGGGGUCAGCCGGGUGGAUUUGUGCGGAGCACCGAAGAGACCCUUACACCCCGGAGCAAGUCCCCGACGGAUUCGCUGGAGUCGUCCGCCUUUGUAUGGAGUUGUGCAGCAGCCCCUUCCUGUUGCGGCGGUUGGUACAUCGGCGACUCCCGUGGUGCAAACGUCCUCAGGAAAUGCGGACUCCCUAGCACCGUGCCACUUAUUCCCCACCCAGCUGGAAAAGCGGCUGAGGUCUAUGGCCGCGAUCCCGGUGCCAGCAACACAGCCGGUGAGCCCUUGCAGGCCUUCGAGAAGGUGCUUGCAGGAUCCGAGCCUCCCUUCGCUCCGGGUCCCAGCAAGACGAAGCCGGAGGCACGGGGCCGGGGCCGGGGCCGGGGCCGGGGCCAAACGCGGGGCCCGGGCCCCGCGUGA